AUAUAGGUGUGUGUCUGUUUUUGUGUGUGUAGGUUCUCCGAUUGACUGGCGACCGGUCCAAGUGUGUAACCCUCCCCUUCAACCUUCUCGCCUAUUAUCAGAGGGGAUAAUUUCCAUCCCCCACGACCCUGAUGGAUAAAUUGGUAUAGGAAAUGGAUGAAUUUAUUUAUUUAUUUAUUUGUCAUCUCGCUUUUAUUCUGAAUGGUUCGGGCGGAAGUGUUUUUCUCGCGACCGGCGGAACACAGUAGGCUUGAAUGUGGUUAUUAGGAGCAUUAGGAGCACCAGCGUGGGAUAGGCUAAUUUGUUGAAGGAAUUCAGUGAGAGAGAGAGAGAUCUGUCAGUGAACAACUGGAACACAUCGGGUUACAUAUAACGCUGCGGAAUCUAUCGUCACGCCUGCCGUUGUUUGACGUUCCACCUGAUCUUUGGCUGCUGGUCGCUCGGUCCUCUUCUGUGUCCAUCGGUUCACUGGUUCACUGGAUGCAACGGGCCGACGGUGCUCAGCGCACAGUUGCUUUUGAAUGCAUAGAGCUUAAUCUUCAACACCGAAAAUAAAAAAAAGAAUAAUCAGGAUCGUACAAGUAAGAGAGAAUAAUAAGGCGUCGUGUCAAGCAGACAUCAUUCGGAGUCUUCUCCAUCCUUCCUCAGCGUGGUAUGAAACAACAGUAAAACGUAUUGGAAUUAUUUAUCCUGACCAAUUUGUACAGAAACAAAUGGAACGUUAUUGUUCUGGGGGUUUUUUCUACAGAGAGGUCAUUCCCAUCUGUUGGUGUGAUGGCUGCGUUGCUGAAAGUUCUCUUCAUGCUCCUCCUGUGCCUCCACACUCCUAGUCAAGCGUCUCCUUCCUGUCCUGUGAGCUGUCGCUGCUACAGCCUUACAGUGGAAUGUGGCUCCACUAGCUUGAGGGACAUUCCCAAACACGUUCCUCCAUCCACACAGACCAUCUUCCUCCAGGAUAACAUGAUUGGUCAGAUCCGUCAACAGGACCUCACUCUGCUAAAGGACCUGCACUACUUAUAUCUGCAGAACAACACCAUCUCAGCAGUGGAGCCUGGCUCUUUCCAGAAUCAGGGUCAGUUGUUGGAGCUGGCUCUGAAUGGGAACCGAAUCCACCUGUUGACAGCUGACAUGUUUCAGGGACUCGAACAUCUCCGUAUUCUGUACCUAGCAGGAAAUGACAUCACAAGCCUUCUGGACUAUACCUUCCGUGGCUUACAGCGUCUACAGGAGCUCCAUUUGCAGCACAACAAUAUAGAGAUGUUAGCAGACCUGGCCCUAGUUGGUUUGACUUCUUUGGCUCUGCUGGACCUGAGCAGGAAUAAUCUUCAUACCAUUGGCCCUGUGUCCCUGCGACCUCUGGUCAGCCUGCAGGUGCUGCGCAUCACAGACAACCCAUGGCGCUGUGACUGUGCUCUCCAUUGGCUGAGGAACUGGAUUGAUGAGGAGGGCCAGCGUCUGCUCAGCUCUGCAGAACGUCGGCUGGUCUGCACAGAGCCACCCCGUCUCUCCCAUCUCAGUCUUGUGGAGGUCCCCCUUAAUAGCCUGGUGUGUAUCCCUCCCCUGGUGCAGUUGGAGCCCAGGAGGUUAGCUGUGCGCCUGGGAGAAAGCCUCAGGGUGUCCUGCCAUGCCUCUGGUUACCCUCGGCCACAGGUGACCUGGAGGAAGGCGUCCCAGGGUAAAGUGGUGCUUUCUCCCAGGGGCCUGGUUCAGGAGCUGGGUGCUGGAGGAGGUGUAAUGGGCAGAGCAGAGGAGCCCUCAGAGGCAGAUAGAGUCAGUCAGCAGAAGACGGAAGGAGAGCACUUUGACCCUGACACCGGCAGUGGAAUGUUGUUUCUCAGUAAUGUGACUGUGGCUCAUGCAGGUUUCUAUGAAUGUGAAGCCUGGAAUGCAGGGGGUGUGGCCAGGGUGACCUUCCAACUUGCCAUCAACUCAUCCACUUCCUCCUCCUCUUCGUCCUCCAUUUGGGCUUCGUGGUCCCAGGUAUCUUCACCAUACUCCCCCGCAUGGCCCCGGCUAAGGAGUCAUAUUCCUGCUUUGGGCUCAGAUGUUAGCCGAGAGCCCCUGUAUGCUCUUGGCAGCAUGGCCUUCAGCGCUCUGGGAGCUGCCACUCAGACUGCCAUUGCUGUGGGCAUAUCCCUGCUUGCUCUGACUGCUCUGCUGCUGGUGGCCAUGAUCUAUAGCCGACAUCGACAACGAGACAAGGAAGCUGAUGGAGCCGAGAAGGAGGAUAGCAUCCUGUAUGUGAAUGACUACUCUGAUGGCCCCACCACCUUCGCCCAGCUGGAGGAGUACCGCGAUGAGCACGGCCAUGAGAUGUACGUCCUCAACAGAUCUAAGCCUGUGCUGCCUCCUGCUCCACCCACAGCUGUCUCCACCACUAACCUGGGUUGCCGUGCUCCAUCAGACACCUCCAGCCACACCCUCUCCUCAGGGCCUGGCCAUACCAUGAGUCCUGCUCUGAUCCCCAACAAACAGCAGCAGCAGCAGCAGCUAGAAGGUGACAUGCGGACCAUGAGAAGAAUGGCAGGGGAGGGAGGGGAGGCCGAGCCUGUGAUCACAUCAGAGGCUGAAGGGAUGUUUCUUAAUCACACAGGCCUGUUUAUGGACUCUCAGAUUGCCUACGAGAUUCACUGCUGAAGGGGUGAGAGAAACCACUACCACACAUAGUGGUUGUGUAUGUAAGACAAUGAUUUAUGGCAAAGCCCAUCACAUCUUUUCUGAAAAGCCGAGGUACAAGUACUGGAAUCUACCAGUAAUUGACAGAAAUACUCAUGUUUGUGAAACGAUUUAUUUUCUACAAGACUCAUUUACUCUGGAGAAGGUACAUACCUGCCAGAACUCAGCAGUUAUCAGUACAAGUUUCAUACCAGAAACCUUUCAUUGUCAUGUGUG